CAACGCAAUCAACCGUAACAUGUCAAAAUUGUAACCACGGACAGGCAAACUUUGAGAGAACAUGAACCUCAAAACAGACUGGGAGGGCAAAGUUUCUUCCCUUUUGCGUGAAACGCAAUCAAAUUUGUCUCGGAUGAAGAGAAGAGUUGGAGAUGGUGCUGGUUUACGUGGAUACAAUGACUGGAAAUACAGGAGAUAUUCCAGUUCAUCUCCAACAAUGAGGAAGUACUCUUCCAUGUCCGACAUAUCACCACACACCUCCCAGUUCCCUGGUGGUACGACAUCAUUCCGUCAGGGGACACAACUCAGUACAAUCCCAGAUGCCUAUGAAUCGAGUGCCUUAGAUACAAAAGCCUAUACACAUGGCACCGCAUACACAGGAGCCACAAGUGGAGCACAUUCCACCACAUAUACAGGAGCCACAAGUGGUGCUAAUCCAAUGUUCACACAAUCACUGCAGGAAAAACUGGACCAACAAAAUAAGCUUAUAGACCAGUUGAUGCAAAUGGUCCACAAGCUGGAGAGCGAAAGGAAUAAUUACGGGGAACAGAUUCGAGACAUCAGAGGAGAGAUAAAGUCACUUGGUGGUAAGAUGUACGACAAGAAUUCCGACAACACUAUGGAGCGACGCAUGGAGCAGGUGAAGCGUGAAAUGUUGUCCGAGAUACAUGUACUGCAAAAUCAGGUGCAAAUGUACAAAAACAAGGGAGACAAUUCAUCGCCAGACAUUCAAGUCACCUCACUCAGUCGCGACAUGCAGGAUAUGAAGCACACCUUACGAGAAGAAAUGGAAACUGUGAGAAGAGAUGUUGAAGUAUUGAAGAGUAGACUCAUGAAAAUAGAACUGGACAUGUCCGAUAUUUACUCUAACCGUAAAGAUAUUGAACGUCGUCAAGAUAGAAUUGACAAGACCAUGCAGGACUUAUCAUCCUCUCCGGCCAAAUCUCCGUCCACUCCAUACUGGUCACCUGGCCAAGCCUCCACUGCAAAUUCGGACAAACUCCACAUGUCAGAACUCAGGUCCACAAUUGCCACACUUAGACACAAAGUUGACAACAUGGAAGCAACCAUACACUGUGACGUCACAUUAUCCGGCGGAAACAGACCAUACACACAGACGAAUGGAUAUCGGGGGUCAGACAAUACAAGUGUGAUGGACCUAGAAGAACUCAAUUUAAGUGAUGAUGAUGAUGAAAUAAGUCUGGACACAUUUGAAGAAGGAUCAACCAAACAGAGAAAAAAUUCAAAGACGUCCGACCCUGGAAAUCUCAUUCUUGACUCAGAUGAAGAUUUGGACUUAGAUGAUCUUGACCUCAGCGAUGAAGAUUCUGUGUCAUUAGACUCACAGCACUUCUGAUAUUGACGAUCUACAGCAGAAUAUCAUCCCAGUACAGCUGCCAAAAUAUGUCCGAAACAAUCCAGUUCGUCAAGAUGUUUCUCAGAAAAAAAACUGUCAGAAAUAAUAUUUGCCAAAAUAUGUCCGAAAGAAUCAAGUUCGUCGAGAUGUUGCUCAGAAAAAAACUGUCAGAAUUAAUAUUUGCCAAAAUAUAUGUAUGUCCGAAACAAUCCAGUUUGUCAGGAUGUUUCUCAGAAAAAGAUCUGGCGCAAAUCCUGAUAUUUUCCAAAAUGCAUUGUAUUUCCGAAACAAUCCAGUUAGUCAAGAUGUUUCACAAAAAUAAAAAAAAAAAUAAAAACACUCACAAAUGUUAAUAUCUCCCAAAAUUGAACUAAACCAUCACAAAUCCUAAUAAGUAUGCCAAAAUAUGUUCAAAACAAUCCAGUUCAACACAAUGUUUGAUGUUUCAAAAAUAUUUUUGCCAAAAGGUCUAAAAAAAUAUAUAUAUACAUGUACUAGUUAUUCCUGCAUAUAUUGCAGCUUACUCUUUCAGAUAUCUUGAUUGAAGAUAGACUUUGUGACAAAAACUUUACAUGCUGGACUCUUAAGGUUCUUGUUCAGCAGUAACUUUUCAGUAUACAAUGUACAUUUUUACAUUAAGGGGCAUUCUUUCGUUUGGACAUCAGAAACAUGCACAAUUUCAAUUGAUGAAAUCUAUAUCCAAACAAUAAUUAUAUAUGAUAUAUGUGCCUACAUGUUAUGAAAUUAA